AAACAAACCCGAGCUUAGCUGAGCUUUAGCUUUCUUCCUUCUUCCCCAAUCCCCCGAACCAAAAAAAAAUCCCCAAAUCACGAGCUCCCCACCCUCCGUCCAAAUCCCUAGCUCAACCCCAGAUCUCCAGCACCUCACCGGCGGCGCGGGAACCCAUGGAGUGCGAGCCGGAGGAGCUGCAGUUCCUGGGCGCCGUGGGGAUCGCGCGUGAGUCCGUGGCCAUCCUGCGCGCGCACCGCCCGCUCUACGGCCGCAUCGCCGCCGCCUUCGUGCUCCCGCUCUCGGCCCUCUUCCUCGCCCACAUCGCCAUCUCCCACGCGCUCUUCACCACCAUCGACUCCGACGACACGGCGCUCGACUCCUCCUCCCCGGGGACCGCCUCGCAGGACCGGAUCCUCCGCCGCCUCGCCGCCGACUGGUCGGCGCUCGUCCUCUUCAAGUCCGCAUACCUCCUCGCUCUCCUCCUCCUCUCCCUCCUCUCCACCGCCGCCGCCGUCUUCUCCGUCGCCUCCGUCUACUCCGCGAAGUACGACGCUCUCACGUUCCCCAGGGUGCUCUCCGUCGUGCCCAGGGUCUGGCGCCGGCUCGCGGCCACCUUCCUCGCCGCCUUCGCGCUGCUCGCCGUAUACAACCUCGCCGCCGUCGCCGUCUUCCUCGCGCUGCUCGUCGCCACCGAGAACGGCUCCGGCCUCGCCGCGGUCGUCUUCUUCCCCAUCCUCGCCGCAUACGUCGCCGGGCUCGUCUACCUCGGCGUCAUCUGGCACCUCGCCAGCGUCGUCUCCGUGCUCGAGGACUACAAGGGAUUCCACGCCAUGCGCAAGAGCAAGGACCUCAUCAAAGGGAAGCUCCGCACCGCCUCCGCCAUCUUCUUCACGCUCAACCUCGUCUUCAUCGUCGUCGAGCUAGCGUUCAGGGCGUGGGUCGUGCAGGGCGCGCGCCACGGCAUCGGCGCCGGCGCCAGGCUGCUCCUGGGCCUCGCGUUGCUGGCCCUGCUCUGCGCCGUCGUCAUGGUCGCACUGGUGGUGCAGACGGUGGUGUACCUUGUCUGCAAGAGCUACCACCAUGAGAGCAUCGACAAGAGCAACAUCUCCGACCACCUCGAGGUCUACCUCGGCGACUACGUCCCGCUCAAGGCCUCCGACGUGCAGAUGGAGCACUUCGAGGUCUGACCAGAAAUCUUCUCUUCUUUGAUUCUCCCUGUAAUACGUCUGUAAUGUAAUACUACCACGGCUAGUCUAGACGGUCUUUUUAUCAUCACAUAAAGAAACUAGCUACUACGAUUGUUCAUCCACUAGUGCUGCUGGUCUUGGAUCGUUGGUCUACACAAAGCAAAGCAAAAUGAGAUGGAAGGAUCAGCAGGUUCUCAGUGAUUACACCUCAGUACCUUGUAAGAUUAAUGGAGGGGUUGGGGAUGGUACUUCGCUGCUUAAUUAGCUUCUACACGGAAUGGAAACAUGUUGGGGAUGAUAGUUUUUUUACUUGUUCACUGCUCGAGGGUGAAGAUCCUGCAAUUAAUUAAUGUUGUAUGUACUCCUUUGUGUGAUCUUGAGUGAAAUUGAAUCCCUUAAGCUUUACAUGAUCA